AACAAUUUGAGAUUUCCAAGAUGGCGGUCGAGAGUGAGGAAGAUGAUGUCGUUAUUCGCAUGAUAAACAGCGCAUCUGCUCUACGUAGCGAAACCUUAGAUCUUGGAGCUAAAUGUAUUUAUGAAAUACCCAACGAAAUAUUAAAUUUAAAACAUUUAGAGGUAGGUUUAAGCCAUAGAAUAUGCUCAAUUAUCGACUUAGUGUUUAGUAUAUUUAAACGCUGUAUACAAGCUCAAAAUCUCGUGUUCUUAAUUUGUAGUCUCUCCAUCUUGAAUCUAACUAUAUAACGGAAUUACCGGAAGGAUUCUUUGAGAAGUUAACAAAUUUAAAAUGGUUGGAUUUAAGGAAUAAUCGAUUAACUUUGCUUCCCGCUUCUGUAGGAAAACACAGGUAGUAUGAGAGCUUUCUGCAAACAAUGUAAUCAGUUUAUUAGCUUAUCGAUUUUAUAUUUGAGAAGGAUUAUUACUAUGCGAUGAAAUAUAUACUGCUUAAGGUGCACAUCGCAUGCAAGUUGCCAAAUAUAGGGCCAUUCCAUUUAAUAUACACCCCCCCCUAUGGAUGAGGUUUUCUGAGGGGUUGUCUGAAUUUUAACAAAAUUCUUAAGGGUUGCCUGUAAAUUAUUAAAAUUUCUUAAGGGUCGUCUCCAAUUUACUAAAAUUUCUUGACGUUUAUAACAUCGAAUAAAUCUUUAUCCGAAGGGUUGUCUAAAAUAUGAAAAAUUCUGAACAGCAUGCUAUUGGAGAUGAGGUUUUCUGAGGGAUCGCCUGAAUUUUAAAAAAAUUCUUAGGGUUUGUCCACCAGGACGACGAAUUUCUGGGGAAUCGUGCACAUCUAAACAAUCAAACGUAUUAUUAAAAAAUACCAGAUAUUAAACGUGUCAAAAACACAAAUAGAUGGCUUUAUUCUACAUUCGCCAGAGGUUGGGUUUAUAAUUAUUGUAGAAACCCUCUAAAAUACUGAGGGGUUGGCUCUCAAAAGCUUUGUUUCUGAGGGGUUAAUAUUUUGUAUGUAAAUUUCUUAGGGGUCGCUUUUCAUAAAUGGCAAUUUCUGAGGGGUCAGAAAAAUAGCAACCUCAUCCAUAGGAAUUUCUGAUGAGUAUGACCAUUUGGAAAAAAAAUUCGGACGGUUGUCUAUGAAAAUCCCAUUUCUUAAGGGUAGGCGUGUCGAACCACAGUUGAUUUCUGAGGGGUCUCAAAACUAUCAGACCUCAUCCAUAGGGGUGUAUAUUAAAUGGAAUGGCCCAUAUCAUUGUUAAAAGUUGAAAAUUUGGAACUUCAAAAUUUUUUUCUGACGGAAAGUUUGUGUCGGCCAAUGACAUUUUACAAAUCUGUCUUUCCGCAGAAAAUUUUCUUGAGUGGAAAUAGACCUUUGUGGUAACUUAUGACAUGAAUUUCAAGGCUGGGUGGGUUUCGUUCAGGGGCAGACCAUUAGAAAAGUGAUCGGAGGGGUUGGGGGGAGGGGUGAAUUUUCAGCUUGCACAAAUCUUUUUUGCAUCUGCUGGUGCUGGAAUUUUUUUGUGGAAUUUUCGAAGUAUUUCUCUUUGUUGUUGUUUUCCUUUUUGCACAUUUUUUGGAACCCCCCCCCCCAUCACAUUUCUAAUGGUCCGUCCAGGCUUAAAAUUAAUAAAUUGAAAAUGGCAAGUUUGACGUACUAAAUUUAAUUGGCAAAUUGAAUUAUGUACAUCACCCACAUUUUGCACUAAAGGUGCUUAUUAGUCCAGUUAGUCUACAUGGAGGUCAACAUUAUUGAAAAAAAUAACUUUGUUAAAUAUUAUCUUUCAGGAGCCUCCGUAGUUUGUUGUUGGAAGGCAAUUCUCUGACACAUUUACCAUGUGAAUUAGGUAAUUUAUACCGGCUAUUAAAAAAACCCAGAUUAAUAUUUAAACAGGCCAUCAACAAAUAGAUUUUGCCUAGCAAUUAAUCACUGUCUGGUUAAUUAAAGUUAGAGUUAAGUGGCUCAUUUUGUAAGAAUAUGGGGCUUCUUGGGUUCCUUCUCUUGUCCAAAUAUGCAUGGUAAAUCAUUGAAAUUGCCAGGUAGCUGUGUCAUGCUGCUCCAGAAGUUCCCUAAAUCCCCAUAAUUACAUAUAUUCAUGGAUAAACUAUGUGAGACUAUAUUCUAGGAAUGACAAGAUCACUUUGUGGCCUCAGUUUAUCUGGAAAUCCUCUGGAAUUUCCCCCUCCGCACAUUGUUCAGAAAGGAACACAGG